CUUCACCCGGAAGUAAAAUGUGUUGAACCUUUUCGGAAAGUGGAUGAAGUAAAAUGCGUGCAAGGCGAAUGUUGUCAAACUUUUUGUUUACGACUGGCUCUGAGUUUUAAAAAUGUCUCAGCAAGAAAAGCCCUCAACAUCCAGCACAUCUCUGCCAAGAGGUCUGGUAUCAAAAAGAGGUCGUGGUGUAAGGCUGCCCUCUAUCAGAUCACCUAGAGACCUGACUCUUGGUGGUGUUCCUAAGAAAACAUUUACACCAAACUUAACAGCUAGAAAAGAAAGAUUCAAAGAGGAACCUAAAGACAGCACAGCUUAUGAUGGUUCAACAAAUAAGCGAGGGAGAACUCCAAGAGAGAGAGGGAGGGGGAGAGGACGUGGACGAGGUCGAGGGAGGGGUGAUAUUAUUCAGUCACAUUCUAUAUUUGAGCAAGGUCCAGCUGAGAGACUAGGUGGUGGUAGAAGAGGUGGCUAUGGAGGAGGUGGUGAUGCAUUAUCGAGUAGCUCAGCUUAUAGUAGACCUAGUGUUUCUGUCAAAAAAGAGUCUUCAACAAAUGAACUCAGUCAGGAAAUGAUGGAUCAGCUCCUGAGAGAUGAUUUUCUCGAUGACAGCAUGUGGAAGGACCAGGAUAAGAACUAUAUACCAAUUCAGUUGCCGCUGUCAGACACUGGUGAAAUAUUCAAAGAGGAGAAAACAGAGGAGAAUGAUGAUGAGAAAAUACAAGUGAAAGAAGAGAAGAUGGAGACAGAUGGUGCUACACUUACAGUGAAGAAAGAACCAAUUACAGAUGAUGUUGAAAUGGAAGAUUUGCAGAAAGAGCAGGAAAUGACAUCAUCAUCGUCUAAAAAAAUGGAUGCUGAAGCUCCAAGUGUCAAGCCAAAGAAAGUUCCUGUUAAAAGUAAAAUUGGUAGCAUAAAAGACCCACAGGAUGUCACGUCUGCUAAUUUGUUCUGUAGUAGCAGGCACUCUGCGUCAGGUCAGCUGUUGUUCUUUCAGUUUCCUGACACCUUGCCUGCAGUUCCUCUAUCACGAGAUGGUGAAGUGGCAGCAAAACCAGAGACCCAAAGAGGCAUGCAAGGAAAGAAAGAUAAAAGUACUGACAAAGAAGAAGAAAAAUCUGACCCCAAUUGUACAUUGAAAAACAUAUCAGAGAGUUAUAUCGGUAAAUUACAAGUAUUAAAAUCAGGGAAGACUAGACUAGUUCUUGGCAAUGUGGUACUUGAUGUCAAUAUGGGUACACCAUGUGGAUUUUUACAGGACUUGGUAUCUAUAAAGACAAAGGAAGAUGAAAAAAACUUGUCAGUUUUGGGACAUAUUAAACAUCGUCUUGUCUGUACACCAGAUUAUGAAUCAUUACUAGAAUACGCAUAA